UCAUACUGUCACAUUCACAUUCACAUUCACGCUCACUCUCACUUUCACUCACUCUCAAAAUGCUUUGCUAAUAUUGUAGAAGACGAAGAAUUGCUCCACUUAAUAAACUAAACCAAUAAAAUGAGUUAUUAGUAUUAGUAUUACAGUGUCUCCACCUCUCUCGCACUUUCCUCGGUUUACCUAUUUGUUUUUUCUCAACAAUAAUAUAUACUAUGUAGUAUUAGUAUAUACCCUUUUUUUUUUUUUUUUUAUGAAAUCAAAAAUCAGGGUUUUGCUGCUACUUGAUAUUUUAAUAUAUAGCGAGUCGGUUCUUCCUGUCCAUGUGUUACAUUUUUCUUGGAUGGCGCUUCUGCUUCAAGCUCGAAACCUCGUCGUUUUCUUCUUCUUCUGAUCUCCUGUGGGCUUUUGCUGCUUUCUUUUCUUUCACUCUGUUCGAGAUAUAAAAGAAACCAAAACAAAACCAAUGCAUAUGCACCCGCCAUUUCUGCUUCUACCUCUCAUUUCUUUCAACUUUCCCGCUCUCUAAAAGGGUAUAUUAAUUGUGUUGAAUCGUUUUCUCAUUUUCUGGAAAAAAAGUAUGAAUACCAGAGUGCGCACCACUCUUCAGGCAAUGAAAGCUCCUUUGAAUCUUGAUAAAGAGAAGAUGGAGACUCAAGGGAGCAGAGUAAUGGCUGCCGGGAAACCUGUGACCAAUCGACGAAGAUCAAACAGAGAAAGGAAAAUGGCCUUACUUCAAGAUGUUGAUAAGCUAAAAAAGAAGCUCAGACAUGAAGAGAAUGUCCACAGAGCACUGGAGAGGGCGUUUACUAGACCAUUAGGAGCACUACCUCGUCUUCCUCCUUAUCUUCCUCCAUAUACAUUAGAGCUUCUUGCUGAAGUAGCUGUUUUAGAAGAGGAGGUUGUUCGACUAGAAGAGCAAGUUGUGAAUUUUAGACAAGGUCUUUAUCAGGAAGCUGUCUACACAUCCUCCAAGAGGAAUGCAGAGAAUUCGAGUGAGAUUGACCAUAACUCGAUUAGAAGCUCCAAACAUCAGCGAUCAAAGUCCUUGCCCCAAAAUGAGCUCAAUUCAGCAACAUCCAUGCCCAGGCCUCUACCUUCUCUUGCCAGAAGUACUUCAAGUAGAAAGCUCUUGUUCUCCGAUGCCACCCCUGAUCGAACCGCUAAUUGUUCCAGUAGGCUAGUGGUUGGGAAACAAUCUCCUAAGAAACCCAAUUCCUCUCCAUCUUUUCCAGAAGAUGGACGGGGAAAAGAGAAUCGGUUGUGUACUAACUCUGUGAAAGACAAGCCAUCUCCAGAAAAGAAAUAUGCAAAAAUUGCAACCCCGGUGAAGAAACCUCCAAUCAAGCGUGAAUCAGUGGAGAAGUGUGUGGAUAAUUUAAAGUCACAGCUAGAGAGCAGAUUAGUAGACCAGGAAAAAGCACAGGAGAGUUCUUCUGGUUCUUCAGAUGAUAGCCUAUUGGAAGCUGACAGCAGUCCAAACAAAGUAUCUGAGAAUAUUGUAAAGUGCUUGUCUAGCAUUUUCAAGAGAAUCAGCACAGUGAAGGACAAAGUAGUACACUCAGGGACUUCUCAAUCAGUAGCUUCUCAUGCAAGCAACAGAGAAACAGAGUUUGGAGAUCCUUAUGAUAUCUGUUCAGAAUUCAGAAAUAGAGAUAUUGGUCCUUAUAAGCAUCUCUAUGCAAUUGAAGCAAGUUCAAUUGAUCUCAACCGAAAAACAAAUGCUUUGUUUCUUAUCCAAAGACUGAAGUUCCUAUUUGGAAGGCUUGCCACUGUGAACUUAGAGGGUCUUACACAUCAGCAGAAGCUUGCUUUCUGGAUAAAUAUUUACAAUUCCUGCAUGAUGAAUGCAAUUCUUGAGCAUGGGAUACCUGAGAUGCCUGAAAUGGUUGUAGCACUAAUGCAAAAGGCGACAAUAGUGGUGGGUGGACACUUGCUGAAUGCAAUUACAAUUGAACAUUUCAUCUUGAGACUGCCCUAUCACUUGAAAUUUACAUGUGCAAAAGCUGCAAAAAAUGAUGAGAUGAAAGCACGCAGUAUAUUUGGGUUGGAGUGGUCUGAACCCUUGGUUACAUUUGCACUCUCCUGUGGUAGCUGGUCUUCCCCUGCCGUGAGGGUUUACUCAUCUUCCGGGGUUGAAGAAGAGUUGGAAAUUGCAAAGAGAGAGUAUUUGCAGGCAGCAGUUGGGAUUAGUGAAACAAACAAAUUAAGGGUCCCCAAGCUAUUAGAUUGGUAUCUACUUGACUUUGCUAAGGACUUGGAAUCAUUGCUGGAUUGGGUCUGUCUACAACUACCCAAUGAACUACGUAAUGAAGCAGUAAAAUGCCUUGAGAGAAAGAGAAGUGAACCCCUUUCACAGUCAGUGCAAGUAAUGCCAUAUGAUUUCAGUUUCAGGUUGCUUUUACACAGAUGAGGCUUUUUUACUUUUUUUUUUUUUUUUGGUGGAUUUCGUAGUCUGUCUAGUUUUUUACUUUGGAUGUGGUGGGGUUAUAUGAGUAUAUAUACUUAUACAAACAAGUGCAAGUACGUACAUACCUAAUCUAGCAUUUGUGUGGGAGGGGAAUGAGUUUAAGGUGGGUGAUUGGUUCAUUAUUUGGGGAAGAGUUAUAUGAAAGAUGGUGAAUUCUUUAAUUCA